UGACGUUUCAUCUCCCGGAUAAUUCCUCAUUCACAUCCACCCAUUAAGAAGAAUAUCAGGUCCUCCAGCUCAUGACUGAAAAAGCUGUGGGUCUUAUUCUGUCAGUCUCUCUUGAGUAACCUCACUGUGCCUUUUUAAAACCAGAGCUUUUUUUCUUCUGGGUUUCCUUCCUUAUUCCUGUAGCUCGUGAUUUGUUUCUUGUGUGUAACAUGCAGAAGAGAAGAAAGCCAGAGCCGAUCCAACUCAACCCGAUCCCCGAUGGAAACACUAUCAACGGUACCGGAGCCACAGAAACAAACUUAGAAGCACUGCAGAAGAAACUAGAGGAGCUUGAGUUGGAUGAGCAGCAGCGGAAACGCCUGGAGGCCUUUCUGACACAGAAGCAGAAGGUGGGAGAGCUGAAGGACGAUGACUUUGAGAAGAUCUGUGAGCUGGGUGCCGGCAACGGAGGAGUUGUCUUCAAGGUCUCCCACCGACCCUCUGGUCUGAUUAUGGCGAGGAAGCUGAUCCACCUGGAAAUCAAACCAGCCAUUAGGAACCAGAUCAUUAGGGAGCUGCAGGUGCUACAUGAGUGUAACUCCCCCUACAUUGUGGGCUUCUACGGAGCUUUCUACAGUGAUGGCGAAAUCAGCAUCUGUAUGGAGCAUAUGGAUGGUGGCUCCUUGGACCAGUCACUGAAGAAGGCAGGCAAGAUCCCGGAGCAGAUCCUUGGCAAAGUCAGCAUCGCUGUCAUUAAAGGGCUCUCCUACCUGAGGGAGAAACACAAGAUCAUGCACAGAGAUGUCAAGCCUUCUAACAUCCUAGUGAAUUCCCGUGGUGAGAUCAAGCUGUGUGACUUUGGAGUGAGCGGACAGCUCAUAGACUCCAUGGCCAACUCCUUCGUGGGCACUCGUUCUUACAUGUCUCCGGAGCGUUUACAGGGCACCCAUUACUCUGUUCAGUCGGACAUCUGGAGUAUGGGUCUGUCCCUGGUUGAGAUGGCCAUUGGACGCUUUCCCAUCCCACCACCUGAUGCUAAGGAACUGGAACAGAUUUUUGGCUUCUUAGUGGAAGGAGAGGCAGGCUGCAGCGAGUCCUCCCCAAAGCCACAGCCCCCCGGGCGACCAGGCAGCUCAUACGGGUCUGACAGCAGACCACCAAUGGCUAUUUUUGAGCUGCUUGAUUACAUAGUCAAUGAGCCUCCCCCAAAGCUGCCUGGGAUAUUUAGCUCUGAAUUUCAAGACUUUGUGAACAAGUGUUUGGUAAAGAAUCCUGCAGAGAGAGCAGACCUCAAACAGUUGAUGGUGCAUCCUUUCAUCAAACAGUCUGAGGCAGAGCAGGUCGACUUUGCGGGCUGGUUGUGCAGUACCAUUGGACUCAAUAAGCCUGUGACACCCACCCAUGGUACAGCAAUGUGAGGCCUGUGGUCAAACCCCAUAUCCCAAGCCCCUCCGAUGACUGGAUUUGCAUAAUGGAUUAAAUGUACCCUUUUUUUAACCAAGUACUAAAUGGGUUUGAGUUCUGCAAUCAAUCGUAUAUUUAGUGUACAAACCUACAUGCCAUGUGAAAUUAAAUGUAUUGAGCAAGUCUUGGGCUACAUUGCAGGCCUGCCUGAAAAGCCAUCUUUUUCUAAUGGUCAAAUUAUUUAAUCAUGAUAAAUGCUGCUUAACCUGUGUGCUUGAUAUUCCUCUUUGCCUUGUGUUCUAACAGCACCAACACAAAGUCUUUGUCAGCUUAUGUGAAAUAAAUAGCCUUGUGAAUCAAUUUUGAA